GGAGCUGCGCCCCGCCCCGGCCCCGCCCCCGUCCCGCCCGCGCUGGCUCCCCAGCCCUCCAACCCCACCCAGCCCUCAGACCCUUCCAGCUGCCGCUGUCGUCUUUGCUUCAGCCGCAGUUGCCACUGGCUGCCUGAGGUGCUUACAGCCUGUUCCAAGUGUGGCUUAAUCCGUCUCCACCACCAGAUCUUUCUCCGUGGGCUCCUCUGCUAAGACCGCUGCCAUGCCAGUGACGGUAACCCGCACCACCAUCACAACCACCACGACGUCAUCUUCGGGCCUGGGGUCCCCCAUGAUCGUGGGGUCCCCUCGGGCCCUGACACAGCCCCUGGGUCUCCUUCGCCUGCUGCAGCUGGUGUCUACCUGCGUGGCCUUCUCGCUGGUGGCUAGUGUGGGCGCCUGGACGGGGUCUAUGGGCAACUGGUCCAUGUUCACCUGGUGCUUCUGCUUCUCCGUAACCCUGAUCAUCCUCAUCGUGGAGCUGUGCGGGCUCCAGGCCCGCUUCCCCCUGUCUUGGCGCAACUUCCCCAUCACCUUCGCCUGCUACGCGGCCCUCUUCUGCCUCUCGGCCUCCAUCAUCUACCCCACCACCUAUGUCCAGUUCCUGUCCCACGGCCGUUCGCGGGACCACGCCAUCGCCGCCACCUUCUUCUCCUGCAUCGCAUGUGUGGCUUACGCCACCGAAGUGGCCUGGACCCGGGCCCGGCCCGGCGAGAUCACUGGCUAUAUGGCCACCGUACCCGGGCUGCUGAAGGUGCUGGAGACCUUCGUGGCCUGCAUCAUCUUCGCAUUCAUCAGCGACCCUAACCUGUACCAGCACCAGCCGGCCCUGGAGUGGUGCGUGGCGGUGUACGCCAUCUGCUUCAUCCUAGCGGCCAUUGCCAUCCUGCUGAACCUGGGGGAGUGCACCAACGUGCUACCCAUCCCCUUCCCCAGCUUCCUGUCGGGGCUGGCCUUGCUGUCUGUCCUCCUCUAUGCCACUGCCCUUGUUCUCUGGCCCCUCUACCAGUUCGAUGAGAAGUAUGGAGGCCAGCCUCGGCGCUCGAGAGAUGUAAGCUGCAGCCGCAGCCACGCCUACUACGUGUGUGCCUGGGACCGCCGACUGGCUGUGGCCAUCCUGACGGCCAUCAACCUACUGGCGUAUGUGGCUGACCUGGUGCACUCUGCCCACCUGGUUUUUGUCAAGGUCUAAGACUCCCAAGAGGCUCCCGUUCCCUCUCCAACCUCUUUGUUCUUCUUGCCCGAGUUUUCUUUAUGGAGUACUUCUUUCCUCCGCCUUUCCUCUGUUUUCCUCUUGCUGUCUCCCCUCCCUCCCACCUUUUUCUUUCCUUCCCAAUUCCUUGCACUCUAAGCAGUUCUUGGAUGCAUCUUCUUCCUUCCCUUUCCUCUUGCUGUUUCCUUCCUGUGUUGUUUUGUUGCCCACAUCCUGUUUUCACCCCUGAGCUGUUUCUCUUUUUCUUUUCUUUUUUUUUUUUUUUAAGACGGAGUCUCACUCUGUGGCCUAGGCUGGAGUGCAGUGGUUCGAUCUCGACUCACUGCAACCGCCGCCUCCUGGGUUCAAGCGAUUCUCCUGCCCCAGCCUCCCAAGUAGCUGGGAGGACAGGUGUGAGCUGCCGUACCCAGCCUGUUUCUCUUUUUCCACUUUUCUUUUUUCUCAUCUCUUUUCUGGGUUACCUGUUGGCUUUCUUAUCUGCCUGUUUUGCAAACACCUUCUCCUGUGUCCUUCGGAGCCCUGAGACUUCUUUCUCUCCCUGCCUCCACCCACCUCCAAAGGUGCUGAGCUCACAUCCACACCCCUUGCAGCCGUCCAUGCCACAGCCCCCCAAGGGGCCCCAUUGCCAAAGCAUGCCUGCCCACCCUCACUGUGCCUUAGUCAGUGUGUACGUGUGUGUGUGUGUGUGUGUGUGUGUUUGGGGGGUGGGGGGUGGGUAGCUGGGGAUUGGGCCCCCUUUCUCCCAGUGGAGGAAGGUGUGCAGUGUACUUCCCCUUUAAAUUAAAAAACAUAUAUAUAUA